AUGCGCCCAGAGCCCGGCCUGGUCGGCUUGCGCACGCUGUAUAGCGGUACGGGCGGCCGCAUCGUUGAUAUCGCCGGAGAGCUGGCCUUGACUCGCCCGCUUGACGCCGGCCCAAUAACAACAACCUCGCCGCCGCCGCCGCCGCCCCACGUGACAAGACCAACAAGAGGGAAGAACAAAAGAGUCCGGUCUCAGUCGUCGUCGCAGUCGCGUUCGCGUUCGUCUACGAGCCCCGGCCCGGGAUCGGGCUCGAGUACCCCUAAAUACCGCACAUGGGCUCAUUUCAACCUGGCCGUUGGUGAGAGAGAGAAGAUAAUGGCAGAACUGCUUAGACGCGCAGACAACAAAGAAAGAGCCCUAGACCAACUUAUACGGCGCGGCGGCGGUAGAAGCAUUACGCCAGCAGGCCCAAGCAGAAAUGGCGGCUCGACCCCAGCGGCGGGGUCGGCGACGGCGACGACACCGCCUCCACCUCCAUCGGCCCACGGAUCAUCCUCCACAGCGUCUGUCGCCUCCAACAUCUCUGACCGUGUCCAGACCUACGUCAGCGCCAGGCUCCGACAGCUGCGCCGCCAGGUCUUGGACCAGGGCUAUGUCACGGCCGACCAGGUGGACGAUAUCCUGGACGAGGGUGCCUACGUUAGGGAGGAGGCUAUGAUGGAGGCAAUCGAGGAGGCGGUCGACAGGACCGUGGAUGAGUUCCGUGACAGGAUCCUCGGGGCUUUCUCCUAG